GAGAGACAGAAAGAGAGAGAGGGAAAGAAAGAGCGCGCGCGCGCGUUCUGAGCAAAGCGGCAGUACGCGCGAGUGGCGGGAAAAGAAUGCCCAUCUCCUGAGUAAUAACGAGCGGAUUGGCGCGCUUUCUCCUGACAGAGGUACGACACGAGCAGACUGUCAUUGUGGUCAUGGGUGGCAGCGGCGCGCUCCCUCGCGUGGAGUGUUUUCCCUGUCAGUGUUGCUGCUGCUGCUGGAAAUGGCGCUGUGAUGCUCAGCAAGGAAGACGCAGUUGAAGCCGAUGCCAGGGAGCGGGAGGAGAGUCUAAACUGUUAUUAUUAGCGUUACCUGCGCGUGUCUUUCGGUGCGGAUUUUUGUGUUGUAAAAAAAGCGGUCAACAGUACCAUGGUGAAUUACCAGAAAUACAUAACUGUAAUGCAGCUGGCUCUAGGGGUGACUGCCUACAACAGAGAGCGUAGCCUGCCUCCCAGAAAACAUAUGUGGGUCUUCCCCAAACACGACAAAGACAAAUACGGCCCUGCAGUUUACUACCCCAAGAUCAGCGCAUUCAUCGGCACCCCAGAAUCCGUCUCAGUGCUGGAUGAGUCGGAGGGAUCUGCGCACGGCAAGCCAUCCCUGCGCAGAAUCAAAGGCCGAAUUCACCGCAGCAAGAGCCUGGACAGCAUCGACCUGCUGGACUCAAAUAGCGGAGCAAUGGACGAGACAGUAAUAUGGGAACAGCACACUGUAACUCUACACAGGGCGCCAGGGUUCGGCUUCGGGAUCGCUAUCUCAGGUGGUAGGGAUAACCCACACUUUCAGAGCGGAGAGACGUCUAUCGUCAUAUCAGAUGUUCUGAAAGGAGGCCCAGCUGAGGGCUUACUGCAAGAGAAUGACAGAGUGGUGACGGUCAACUCCGUCUCUAUGGACAACGUGGAUCACGCGUAUGCAGUGCAGCAGCUCCGGAAAAGUGGGAAGAAUGCAAAAAUCACCAUCAGGAGAAAGCGGAAGGUUCAAGUGCCCAUGGGCCGGCCGGGCGAGCGCGAGACCAUGUCGGAGCACGACGAGGACGAUGACAGCUACGAGGAUGAGAUCUACGAAGCCCGAAGCGCACAGAGUGGGCAGAGUGCCUACAGCGGGGGCGGAGCCACGGGCCGGAGGAGCAGCAGGGGUGACCGGCUGAGCGGGAGGAGGGACCGAGACAGAGAGCGCAGCGGCUCCAGAGAGAGGAGUCUGUCCCCACGCUCGGACCGCCACUCUGUGUCCUCCAACCUCCCUCCACGCCCAGCCAAGGUCACCCUUAUCAAAUCCCGCAAAAAUGAAGCAGAAUACGGGCUUCGCCUGGCCAGCCACAUCUUCGUAAAGGACAUUUCCCCCGAGAGCCUGGCGGCCCGAGACGGAAACAUACAGGAGGGUGAUGUGGUGCUCAAGAUUAAUGGCACAGUGACGGAGAACCUGUCCCUGAUCGAUGCCAAGAAGCUGAUCGAGAGGUCAAAGGGCAAGCUGAAGAUGGUGGUCCAGAGGGACGAGAGAGCCACGCUGCUCCAUAUCCCAGAUCUAGAUGACAGUAUUCCCUCAGCGAACGCUUCUGAUCGAGAUGAUAUUUCAGACAUCCACUCCGUGGCCUCCGAUCAUUCCAACCGAUCUCAUGACCGGAAGAGGAGCAGUCGUUCUCGUUCUCCGGACCGCCGCUCAGAGCCGUCAGACCACUCCAGACACUCGCCUCCUCAGAUCAGCAACGGCAGGGCCGCAGGGCCGACGUCUCAGAGAAACCGGCCAGUCCACAGGAGUCGUGAUGAGGAGAGGAUCUCGAAGGCUGGGCCGCUGCCCAUACCUGCUAAGAUGGUGGAGGAGAUGUCGAAAGAGCAGAGCGCGAGCAGAGAAGAGAAACAGCUCCCCCCUCUGCCAGAGCCCAAGCCUGUGUAUGCCCAGCCUGGUCAGCCCGACGUUGACCUGCCCGUUAGCCCGGCAGAUGCACCUGUGCCCAGCGUCACCCCUGAUGACAGCAUCCUACGGCCGAGCAUGAAGCUGGUGAAGUUUAAGAAGGGCGAGAGCGUCGGGUUGAGGCUCGCUGGCGGGAAUGACGUUGGGAUAUUUGUGGCGGGUGUACUGGAGGACAGUCCUGCUGCUAAAGAAGGUCUGGAGGAGGGAGACCAGAUUCUCAGGGUAAACAAUGUGGACUUCGCAAACAUCAUCCGUGAGGAGGCAGUGCUGUUUCUGCUAGACCUGCCCAAAGGAGAGGAGGUCACCAUCCUGGCCCAGAAAAAAAAAGAUGUGUACAGACGCAUUGUUGAGUCCGACGUGGGAGACUCAUUCUACAUCAGGACCCAUUUCGAGUACGAGAAGGAGUCACCCUACGGCCUGAGCUUCAAUAAGGGCGAGGUCUUCAGGGUGGUCGAUACCCUUUACAACGGCAAGCUGGGAUCCUGGCUGGCCAUCCGCAUUGGCAAGAACCACCAGGAGGUGGAAAGGGGCAUCAUCCCUAACAAAAACAGAGCCGAGCAGCUAUCGAGCGUACAGUACACUUUACCAAAAACCCCAGGAGGGGAUCGUGCCGAUUUCUGGCGCUUCCGUGGGCUGCGGAGCUCCAAGAGGAACCUGAGGAAGAGCAGAGAGGACCUUUCUGCUCAGCCCGUCCAAACCAAGUUCCCCGCUUAUGAGAGAGUGGUGCUCAGAGAAGCUGGUUUCCUGAGGCCUGUGGUCAUUUUCGGGCCCAUUGCGGACGUGGCACGAGAGAAACUGUCCAGAGAGGAGACUGAUCUCUUUGAACUCGCAAAGAGCGAACCUAGAGAUGCUGGCACGGACCAGCGCAGCUCCGGAAUCAUCCGUCUCCAUACCAUUAAACAGAUCAUUGACCGAGACAAACACGCAGUGCUGGACAUCACCCCCAACGCGGUGGAUCGGCUGAACUACGCUCAGUGGUACCCCAUUGUGGUGUUCCUCAAUCCGGACAGCAAGCAGGGAGUGAAGAACAUGAGGACCAGACUGUGUUCCGAAUCCAGGAAGAGCGCCAGGAAGCUAUAUGAGCGCGCUCUCAAACUGAGGAAAAACAAUAAUCACCUCUUCACCACUACCAUUAACCUGAAUAACAUGAAUGACGGCUGGUACGGCGCUUUAAAAGAGACCACCCAACAGCAGCAGAACCAGUUGGUCUGGGUCUCCGAGGGCAAGGCAGACGGCGCUCCUGACGAUGACCUCGACAUCCACGACGACCGCCUGUCCUACCUCUCGGCGCCAGGGAGCGAGUACAGCAUGUACAGCACCGACAGCCGCCACACCUCCGACUACGAAGACACGGACACGGAAGGCGGGGCCUACACCGACCAGGAGCUGGACGAGACCAUGAAUGAUGAGGUGGGCCUGCCAAGCGAGCCGGCCAUUACACGGUCAUCCGAGCCCGUCCGGGAGGACCCGCCGGUCAUCCAGGAACCAGCAGGGUACCCGAGCUACCAGCAUGCUGUAGCCCAAGCAGAACCGGUGAAUCGCAUCGACCCCGCCGGGUUUAAAAUGGCAGCGCCACAGCAGCAAACUCAGGCCGCUCUGGCCUCACCACCCCCUCCCUCAUCAGUGGCUGCAACGUCCCCUACCGUCGAACCCGCCACGCCACUAGUGGGUACGAACCCAGAGGAGCCGCCUGUCACCCCUCAGGCCGACUCCCUAAACAGCCCUGCCCCCGUUCCCGACCCCUUGCCCGAACCCGAGCUCGCUCAGCCCCCACCACACGACCCCCACCAGUCGCUUCCUCAUGGCCCAGAUCCAAAGAUGUAUAAAAAGGAUCUGUACAGCAUAGACGAAUCAGUCCGCGUGAACCACGGCGUGAAGCCUCCUCCACCCCCGCAGCAGCAGCCUUUAGCCCCUCCCACCUCGCUCUCCUACAGCCACCAGCCUGUCUACCAGGACCAACAGCCAUACCGCCAGUACGACCAUCCGCCUUACGGCUAUGACGGUGGCGGCUACACACAACAAAAGCCUCACAACUACGACUCGCACCUGCAGUACGAUAACCGUGUGCCUCACUACAACGACCAGUGGCCACCUUACGACCAGCAGCAGACUCCACCCCAACCACCGCCCACGUCCAACUACCCUCAGGGCCACCAGCCUCCCGUGGGUUACGACCUCCGCUCUCCGUACGAAGACGGUCCAACGAGGGACUUUAGCCCACCUCAGUCUCACUACGAUGGGGCGCCCCCUAUGGGUUACGAUAACCGGCCACGGCACCCCAAACCCGCGCCAGUGCGUUACGACGAGCCACCACCUCCCCCUCUCGGAACCUCCUACGAGGCUCGCUCGCCUUACGAACCCGAGCCGCACGGUUUCCCAGGAAACUCACAUCGCUCCCCAGAUCUGUCUAAGCAGUAUUACGGUGAUGCUGGAAUGAGACCGCCGUACAACCCGGGACCUCCGAACCGCGUGUACAAACCAGCUCAGCACGAACCUCUAAUGAACUCGGAACCUCCCGUUCCGCCUCCCAAACCUGAGGUCGUCUUGGCUCCGGUGGAACUUUCUCACCCGGCUGCCUCCAAACCUUUGCCUCCUCCCCCCAGGGAAGACGGCGAUGAUGAUGAUCCUGCCAUGAAGCCCCAGUCUGUGCUCAACAGGGUCAAAAUGUUCGAGAACAAGCGUUCUGUGUCUGUAGAUCGAGCGAAGGACGCUGGAGAUCCAGCAGGAAUGAGGCCGGCAGACAUCCCCAAACCUGCGAGCACCCCUGGUCCUGUGCUGAAAGCCAACUCACUCAGCAAUCUAGAACAGGAAAAACCAUCACACAGAGCCCCAGAGCCUCAGAAACCUCAGAGCCGCGUAGGGGACGAUGUGAUCCGCAACCAUUAUGACCCGGAAGAAGAUGAAGAGUAUUACAGGAAGCAGCUGUCUUACUUUGACCGGCGCAGCUUUGACAGCAAGGGCAUGAGUCAGCCCAACCCAGGAAUCAAUCGCUUCCAGGAGCCGGCCAAACCCUCUCAACCUCAGAUAUCAGCAUAUCCAUUCGCAAGAACGGAGUCUGUAGAGAAGAUUAGCCCUGUGGACAAGAGGUACGAACCUCUGCCGUCUGUCAACCCAUCACCUGCUCCAUACAGCCAGCCAACCCCUGUAGCUCCGCCCACCUCCCUGCCCAAACUCACCAACAUGGAAGUCAAUUCUCUCCCGGAUCCUCACAAUUCUCCCAAAGCCAGACCGGACCUGUCCGCUCUCAGAGCCCCCGCUCGGGACGACCCCAUCCAGACCAAGUCCUCCAUCAACGGCACCGAUGCCCCUCCCAAAACGCUGGGCAUCCCCACUAGCUACAACCGUUGUCCCAAACCUUACACCAGCACCGCCCGGCCCUUUGAGAGGAAGUUCGAAAGCCCCAAAUUCAACCACAACCUGCUUCCCAAUGACACUCAGUCCAAGCCCAGUGUGAACAACAACCUGAAACCUCAGAUCUCGCCGCAGCCCCUGGACACAGACAGCGGGGUGGACACCUUCACGCGCACCAUGGACAACAGGCCCAAAUAUCAGCACAACAACAUCAACGCUGUUCCCAAAGCUGUUCCCGUGAGCCCGAGUGCAUUGGAUGAGGAUGAUGAUGAUGAAGGUCACACGGUGGUGGCUACGGCGCGGGGCGUAUUUAACUGUAACGGUGGAGUGUUGAGCUCUAUAGAGACGGGAGUCAGCAUCAUUAUUCCUCAAGGGGCCAUCCCUGAUAGUGUGGAACAGGAGAUUUACUUCAAAGUGUGUCGAGACAACAGCAUUCUGCCCCCUCUGGACAAAGAGAAAGGAGAAACUCUGCUGAGUCCUCUGGUGAUGUGCGGCCCUCACGGUCUGAAGUUCCUGAAGCCUGUUGAACUGCGUCUACCACACUGUGCGUCUAUGACUCCUGAUGGUUGGUCUUUUGCUCUAAAAUCCUCCGACUCCUCGUCGGGUGACCCCAAAUGCUGGCAAAACAAGUGUCUCCCAGGAGACCCCAACUACCUUGUGGGUGCUAACUGUGUGUCCGUGCUGAUCGAUCACUUCUGAAGAGAGCAACAGCUGGUCUGUUACCCAACGUGAACGGCGAGCAAGAGCGCUUCCCUUCUUCAUCCUCCCCUUCUCCCACUUCUCUUCUCUGAGGGGAAGGGUUUUCAACACAAAGUAUUAAUUCAUCUUCCGUUGGGCUGAAGCAUCAUACCCCAAAAAUAUCUCAGAGGACGAGGAAAGCACUCUCUCCUGUUUGCUUUUUUCUCUCCGUCUCUUUUUUUUGCCUUUUUCUUUACCUUUUGGUGCUUGAAGACUUGCAAAAAUAACUGAAUAAAUAAACUUACGAAGAUAUCGAACUGUCGAAGGAAUGCAUGACCUGUGCCACAGAUGAUCCCAUUUUUGACAUUCGUAGCCUCAUUUGUCUACAGAUGGUAAGAAGCGAGAAAAUGUUCAAAAGAGUUAACGGGAAAUGUAACCGUAUGGAUGUGCUGUCGAGGCCACAAACAGAAAAGCUGAAGUAGACUUUUUGUUAGCUUCACGGUCAUGUGUUUUUCGCAGGACGGCGUAACGGAUCUCUGCGGAUGUGGAAAACAAGCAUGUAGGCUUCUAGAAAAAGAAGAACAAAUGUGACAUUUUAAUGUGAAGGAAUGUGACUGUUGCACUCAUUUGUUAAUGGACUUCCCUCUCCGGAUAAAAAAUGGGCUCUCUCUCUUCUCUCCGUUUUGAAUCGACCUUUUCUAGCGAUGUUUUACCGUAGACGAACAUACUGACUGUGGUUUUCCGAAACUCCUGCUGUUUAGAGAUCUAUGCAUGUGCUAUGACUCAGGUCCAAACGCCUGCUACUAAGUUGAAUACACAAACCUACCCAUCAUACACUGCAAGCAGUGAUGCCUUAUCUGCAUUCUUUUCCUUCUUUUAACCCCAACGACCGGCAAACGUUGAGUUUCUGUUACGGAGGGAAGUUACACGAAGGAUACGAACUUCAUCCCAAUAUUUAGCACACACGAAUUAUUAAAACUGAUCAACCGGUCUGCUUUAUUCCACUGCUAUGCAUAUAAAGAAUAUACGAGAACACUAGGAUAUGUUUAAAUUACAGCUGUAUAUAUUGUGCUAGCAUAUGGCCUUGGUUCGCUGUAAAUUACCUUUUGUACAUCUUUGUUAUUUUGUAUAAAAACGUAACAUGAAAAAAGUUUCUUAAAAAAAAAAGGAAAAGUAUACCAUUGGUUAUGUUUGUAUUCCGGUUACACUUCUGAGCCUUGGAAUUUACUUUAGCAGUACGGAGAAAAUUUAAACGAAUAAAAAAAGUUCAACGAAAAACGACGUUAUCUUUUAUACAAACAUAUAUACAAACACUACGUAGUGGCAUUUUUAACAGUUAUGAAACAUUUUUAUUCUUAUUUACGAGUGCUCGGUUUAUUAUUUAAGAAGGGUCCGUGUUGGCGGCCGGACCCCGGGUUUAUUUGUGAUACCGAAAGCUGUAUUGUGUGCCCUGAAAUGUAUUUUUGUACCGAUAGACAGUUUAUUAAGGCACAUAAAUACGACUGUUUUGAUAUGAUAACGCGGCUUCAGCCUACGUUUAGUUUCUUCUUUGUGUGGCCACAUUUUUUUCGUUUUCUUUCCUUCGCAGCACAUUUUUAAGUAUUCAACUGUAUUAAUAAAUAAAUAAAUUCGAUUUUAAAGUACAAA